AUGUAUCGCAAUUUGAUUAUCUUGGCUACAAUUAUAAGUCAAACUACUUGUGAUUGUCUGUAUCCCGAAUGGAAGAAAACUUGUCAAAAAUAUUGCAUGGAUAAUCAAUUCUAUGAAAUUCAAUUGAAUCAAUGUUAUAGUAUGAAUCCAAUUCAAUUGAGAUGUAGAUGCAGUGGGAAAGAUUUAACUGAAAAAAUACGUGCAAUGGUGGACAAUAAUGAGUCUGAAUCAACUUCAUCAAGUACAAGUUCCACAAUUCAAAGCACUGCACAGACUAAUGAAGCUUGUAUCCCUUCUAGUUCGUGUACAAUCGGAAAAAGUAUUUGUUAUGGUAUCAAUGCAUAUUGUACAUGUGAGGAUGGUACAUGGGUUAGUGUGACAUGUCCAAAGGAAAAUUUAUGCAAGACAAAAAAUAUGAUAACAUCGUGCCAAAAGCUGUCACGAUCGAAAUAA